AUGGCAUCAGUUCCCCAGUGGUUGGAGAAGGCAACACCAACUUCUUUCCUCGGAUUUCUUCUCUUUUCUCUCUCUUCAAUUCUUUUGUUUCUCUCUCUAACUCGUAGUAAGAGAGAGAAAGGCACCACCGCAGAAGCAAAGCUGCCUCCUGGCCCCCCUAAGCUCCCCUUAAUAGGCAACCUCCACCAACUAUCAAAGCUUGCGCAUCGCUCUCUGAGAGACCUAGCCCUAAAGUAUGGUCCUCUCAUGUUCUUGCAGCUAGGUCAAGUCCCAACCCUUGUGGUGUCUUCUCCUGCCAUGGCCAAGGCAGUCAUGAAAACCCAUGAUCUCUCUUUUGCGAGCAGACCUCAUCUCACCUCGACCAAGAAUCUGCUCUACAACAGUAGUGACAUAGCUUUCUCUCCCUAUGGCUCAUACUGGAGAAAUAUGAGAAAGAUCUGUAUCCUGGAGUUGCUCAGCAUCAAGAGAGUGGAGUCGUUCCGGUUCGUGAGAGAGGAGGAAGUUGUGCGCCUGAUGGAAACGAUCGAGACGUCGAAGGGUACCGUGAACCUUAGCCACCUCUUCCUUUCUCUCACCAACAAUAUUACUGGUAGGAUCGCCUUUGGACGGAGCUAUGACAAGUUCUAUGUGUUGCUAAAUGAGCUACAGAUUCUAUUGGGAGGAUUCAGCCUUGGUGAUCUAUUCCCAUCUAUGGACUGGAUCGAUGUGCUUACCGGAAUUCAGGCACGCCAGAAGAAGAAUUUUAGGGAAUUGAAUGCUUUCAUCGACCUCGUGAUAGAGGACCACCUUCAUCCUCGUACUCGAGCUUCAAACCCGGAAUUCAAGGACUUCGUUGAUGUUUUGCUCGAAGUGCAGAAGCAAGCUGAACUGGAUUUCCCUUUCACUCGGGACAACCUUAAAGCGGUCAUCUUGGACAUGUUUGCAGCUGGAACUGAGACCAGUGCGACAGUCCUAGAGUGGACAAUGACAGAGUUAAUGAAGAACCCCAAUGUGAUGAAGAAAGCCCAAAACGAAGGGCGAAAGGUCGCCAAUGGCCGACAAUAUCUCUGCGAUAACGACCUUUGCGAGCUUGAGUACUUGAAGCUCGUGAUGAAGGAGAGCAUGAGACUGCACGCACCAGUCCCCUUGCUCCUGCCACGAGAGUCUCUAGAGAAAUGCAGCAUCAAUGGCUAUGAAAUCCCAAAGGGAACUAAGGUGAUCAUCAACGCAUGGGCCAUAGGCCGGCAAGAGGAGGCUUGGGUGAACCCGGAGGAGUUCAGACCCGAAAGGUUUAUCGAGUCUUCCAUAGAUUAUAAGGGUCAAGAUUUCGAGUUGAUUCCUUUUGGGGCAGGUAGGAGAGGGUGUCCUGGCAUAGCUUUUGGUGUGGCCUCUUUCGAGCUUGCUCUCGCCAAUCUUUUGCUACGUUUUGACUGGGAAUUGCCUCGUGGGAUGUGCCCGAAUGACAUUGACAUGGCGGAGGAAUUUGGGCUCACCAUGCACAGAAAAGUUCCCCUCUCUCUAGUUGCUAUUCCUCACCACCAACUCGACUGAGUUCAUUAUUAUCAUCAUCCAAACUUUUGUUCUUAUAAUUCGGGGUUGGUUUCAUGAAUCUUAGUUUUUCCGUUUGCUUGAGUUCAAAAUCACUAUCAUUAGACGCUUGAACUGUAAAAAUAUAAUAAAAGCUUAGUUAAAGCAUCAUCAUCCAAUCUUUAUUCCGAUUACUUGAGGUGGGCUACACGAAUCUUGUUUUUUUUUUCGGAAUUCAAAAUCAAUAGUAUACAUUUAAGUCGUAAAAAUAUAAUAAAAAAAUUUUAAU